AUGUCCGGAUACGACCGAGCUCUUUCAGUAUUCAGCCCCGAUGGCCACGUCUUCCAGGUGGAAUAUGCCAUGGAGGCUGUGAAGCGAGGUAAGACGAUAUCCCCCGAUCCCCAGCAGCGACACCCAACGGAUUCGUCAGCUUUACGAACCGGCACCUGCGCCGUCGGUGUCAAAGGCACGGACAUCGUCGUCCUCGGGUGCGAGAAGCGCUCGGCUCUCAAGCUCCAAGAUACCCGCAUUACGCCUUCGAAGAUCGCCAUGGUCGACAUCCACGCCUGUCUCGCUUUCGCUGGACUCAAUGCUGAUGCCCGCAUCCUGAUUGACAAGGCCCGGCUAGAGGCUCAAUCGCACCGUCUGACGGUCGAGGACCCCGCCAGCAUCGAAUACAUCACGAAAUAUAUAGCCAGCGUGCAGCAGAGGUAUACACAGAGCGGUGGUGUGCGCCCGUUUGGUAUUAGUACGCUGGUGGUCGGCUUCGACAAGAACGACUCCACCCCGCGCCUGUACCAGACGGAACCAUCGGGAAUCUACUCGGCCUGGAAAGCCAACGCCAUCGGCCGUUCCAGCAAGACCGUCCGCGAGUUCCUUGAGCGCAACCACCAGGAGAACAUGGACCGUGAGCAGACCAUCCAGCUGACUAUCAAGUCGCUGCUCGAGGUUGUGCAGACAGGCGCAAAGAACAUCGAGGUCGCUAUCAUGGCGCCCGGCAAGACCGUUGAGAUGCUGCCGGAUGAGCAGAUCGAGUCGUACGUCAAGACUAUCGAGACCGAGAAGCAGGAGGAAGCCGCCAAGAAGAAGACCGGUCGCACGGGGACCACUACUGCUGCUAUUCUGACUCGACCCGGCGGCGGCGAGACGGCAGAGUCGACGCGGGAGUCGGCCGAUUAG